AUGGAAUGGACGUAUAUGAGUUACACAGUCGCCAAUUAUGGAAUUACAUUUGGUCUUGUUCUUAUUACGAUUUUGGGUGUUUUUGUUACAUAUUUUAGUUCAAGAAAAGGUCGAGAGUUUGUUAUUGAAAAAGUUAUUGGAAUCAAUCCGGAAAAAGCACAUGAUACUUAUGAUGAUCAAAAUAGCAAAAGCCUUUCUCUCGACACGAAUGAAAAUCAAUUUAAACAACGAUCCACUUUUUAUAUUGGUAUAUUUUGUUGUUUACUCGGAGGAAUGAUAUUAUCCAUAACAGCCGUACUCAUGUUUCAAGGUUGUUUCUUGAUAGAUAUUAGACUUGUACCAGGUGAUAAUUGUCCUAAAUAUACGAUGGAUUGUUUUGUUUUUGAAGGCAGUAGUUUUGUUCCUAUAGCACAUAACGCAACAUUCGUUUGUCAAUAUAUGAAUAAGGCGGAAUUUCCUGCUGAUAUAUCGGAUGCUACAGCAUGGUGUUAUGCAUGGGUUAUUCGUUAUCAAUCUGUAGCAAGUGUUUUAGAUCAGAUCGGUAUAGCUAUUGCUCUUAUUGGUUUCUUUACAACAAUCUUAGCUAUUAUUGUUUAUCUUGGUAAAAGUAUAAAAACUAUUAUAGUAUCUAUGAUUAUUAUUUCAAGCUGUUGUGCUCUUAUUCUUCUUCUUCUAUUUUUCAAAUGGUCAUUUGCUCCUUUAACUUACGCAAUUCUUUNGGUUAUUCGUUAUCAAUCUGUAGCAAGUGUUUUAGAUCAGAUCGGUAUAGCUAUUGCUCUUAUUGGUUUCUUUACAACAAUCUUAGCUAUUAUUGUUUAUCUUGGUAAAAGUAUAAAAACUAUUAUAGUAUCUAUGAUUAUUAUUUCAAGCUGUUGUGCUCUUAUUCUUCUUCUUCUAUUUUUCAAAUGGUCAUUUGCUCCUUUAACUUACGCAAUUCUUUCAUUAGGUAUAACAUUAGGAGUAUUUGGAUUACUUCUCUUUUGUCUUCUAUCCAAAGCAGAAAAGCAGACGAAUAGCACACAGAUACUCAUACCAAUUACAAAUCCAUUGAAUAUAGAACAAUCCACUUCAUCGACAAAAUUAUCUGACGAACUUGUAAUUAUACAUCAUUCAUCAAAAGUCACACCUUUAUAA